UUACACAUGUUUCCAUGGAGUGAAAAUAAGCAAAGCAACAGUUGUUUUUAAUCUGUGUAGAGCUGGUAUAUGGUCACAGGAUGAAUGGGAAACAAAACAAGGACACGAUAUGUGGUAUACAAUGGAAUUACAUAGUUGCUGUGUUUCACUUGGUAACAUAAUGUCUUAGGCCUUCACAGGAUGGGGGUAGCCUGUGGGGACGAUGGCAAAAGGAUGUUCUGUUAAUCAAUUUUAAAUAUCAGUUCUGAAACCACGGUCGUAAAUACAAGCCAGAGUAGUCAUUGUGAAAUGCACUGAGAAACAGUUUGCCGUUUUAGCAGAGUUAGACGGUACAGGUGCCGUGUACACCCUGACAUGGAUACUAUAGCACACCUUUGCUGAUGAACAAGACCACUGAUGACCCAUCCAGACAGUGCUUCAUGAUAAGAAACCAUGAAGUGCCCAUCUUCCUCAGCUCAGAUCUGUCUUUUUAUACUUUGGUAUACCAUGCUUUGCUAUGGAGACUAUUUUACAAGUGCCCAGGCUGGGGAUUUUGGACAAGUGGAUGGUCCUCAACAGAUGACAGAAGAAACUGGUAUAACUACAGAUGUGACUUCAAGUAUUGAGACAGUAUCAACAGGCUCAGAUCAAACAGCAUUCCUUGGAGGUCAAGAGAUCACUCAUGGAUCACAGGGAGACACAACAACAGAACCACCGCCACAGACUGUUUCUGUGGAAAUUGUUACCAUGGAUGAAAACAAUAACCUGGUCAUGGCAACAGAGACGGUCACACUAAAAUAUAAUUUUACUCAGCAUGGGACUGAAAUAGCAGCCAGUAUUGGAACCACAGAAAGAAUAUUUGCAGGUGCUGUGUCACAAUUACAAGCUGGAACAGAUGUGGCUAUUUUGCAAACAAAAGGAAAAACAGUUUUUAGUACCAUAGCCACUUCAGUGAAUUAUGGGGCUACGUCAGAGGAAAUUAAUACAGUGACAGAGAAAAACAUUUUUCCACUGACUUCAUCCUAUAGUCACUCAACCGUGAAUUCUGCAUUUACAGCAGUUUGGUCAGAAAAUGAAAAUGGGAGGAAUUCUGGGAAAACUCUGGGGACUCCAGGCACAUUACUCCCUUCCUACUCCUCCCCAACAGCUGUGCCUUCCACUCCAUGCAAAACCCAGACUGCCCCUACAAAGAUAAAAAGUAAUGAAUCUAAAGAUGGCAACAUAAUUAGUUUUAUGGAGCAAUCAAUGCAGCCAGUCUUGGGAAGUCAAUCUGUGGUAAUUGACGUAGAACUAAUGUCAGCUAACACUGACAGUGAAUCAAUGAUUUUGUCUGAUGCAACUUCAAAACAUGGCAGUGAUAUCCAAAAUUUUUUUCUGCAAGAAGGAACUCUGUCUGCACAUCAAUUUAUGUCAGAUUCUGUAAUGAGAAAAAGUGAUGCUUCCUUCCACUCCUCCUUAAAUUCUAUCCAAAUCGGUGACAGUGACUUUGAUGACUUCAUUAAUCUACUAUCUACUGAUUGCUGUUCUGAAACCAGUGAAGCAGUAUCCACAGAUAUCAUUACUUCCGGAAAACAAGUUUCAAGUCAAGUUGAAAAAACAUUAACUGAAUCAAAAAUGAUACCUAUUUCUCUCUUUUUUUCCUCAUCAGAGCUUUCUCAUGUAACACAACUAGUGAGCUCUGUUUCACAGAAGAGAAAUGAAAAAGUAAUUUAUAAUUAUCCAGAUGGGCUUUUCAUGCCACAUUUUGUUCAUGAGCCCGAACCAAAAGUAUCGUCAGAAACAUUCAGUCAUGAAUCUCAAGGCAGUUUGGUAGAAUUUUCUGACAAAUUAUUGAGUAAAAGUCUUAGUGAAGUAGGGACCCACUUUUCUCUUAGUGGUCUUAUGACAUCAUCGCAUGGUGCAUCAAUAUUUCUUGACAGGCCCAGCACAUCAGAAGUUCUGAGCUCUGUCUCGGGAUCAUAUACUGAUCUGUCAGUAGAGGUUAUCAAGACAACACCUGUACUAUUUUCUGCAACAGAACAUGUAGCCAUCAGUAAGAAGACAUUAGUGGAAUCCACUGGUGUAACAGUUUUAUCAAUGUCAGAACAGUCUCAAUCUAAUUCGAUAAGUGUGGCAACCAGAGAAAUGCCCACAAACAUUUCCCAAAGCUCACAAAGUGCCACUUUUAGUAAAAGGAAUGUAACUUUGUUUUCUGAAUAUUGGAAUCCCCCAGGUUUACUUAGCAGCACUGACAAUAAGUUUCAUGGAAGUCAAGAUUUAGAUGCUUUUUCCUUACACUCGAUUGAAACAACCACCAGUUUUCACACAUUUUCAAAAUAUGCAGAAUUUAGUAUGGAUGUAAAUUCUCAGAUUGAAGAAAGGAAAGGAAAGAAUAAUGGAACAUCAACCACAAGUGCUGAAACAGUAAGGGACUUUAACCAAAUUUCACAGCACCUGUCUACAGCGUUUCAAGAAGAAAGUUCUGGAGGUGGAAACAAAUCAUUGGGAAUGACCCUCAGUCCACCUGUUUCACCAGAGAGUGGUCCUAAUGACUUGGGGUUGACCACAGUGGUUGACCAUAACAACAUGGCCACAACAGUUUACAGAAGUGCAGUUGAUUAUUUUCAUUCACCAGUGUCUGACCCUGUGGUUUUUGGGCAGCAGACCUCCCUUCCUGUGAGACUAGAUCUAGAGGAAGAAAGCCCUGAAGUAAAGCCAGCUGCCUCAGAAAGCAAAUUAGCAAGUUUUAAAACAUUUGCCACACCUUUCUCAACAGCAGCAAUCCAGUCAGUUGCAGAAAUAACGACCCAUUCUGUUCAUUCAGAAUUGAUGUCACAGGAAAAUGAAGAAGGGAACAAUGAUUAUAAAAAAACCUUAAGUAUGGAUAGUGCAAUAAAAGUAAUGAUUUCAAGUUCUGUUACACCUGAUAUAUCCAAGCUGAUAUCUACUUCACUUCCUGUAACUACCAGUUCUUCAAUAUUACCUCAUAGUUCUGACAGCAUGUUGCCUCACUUGGAGGAUUUCGAUAAAAAAUCUUCUCCAGUUUACAAUCAAAUAAGCAGUGCCUCAGAGUCUUAUUGGUCUGUAGCAACAGUUGCUGAAAGUAUUUCAAGUUUUCAUACAGCAAGAGAAAUUCUCCAUGAUGUGCCUGAAACUGAUGAGUCUUCAAUGAUACAAUCAGCACCUAAAUCAUCAUUAUUUAAGGCUUUGUCGGGAUUUGAUGUGAUAUCUCAAAACACUGAGAGUAGAUUAUCAGCAGGGCAUGUUUCAUUACCAUCUACAAUAUUACCGUCAUUGUCUGGUUUGGAGCAGAGUGACUUACAAUCUAGUGAAACUAAAACAGGAUUUCUAGACAGUCAUUAUACAGGUUCACUAAGAAUACCAAUAAUGAAAGUUAGCAGCAAUUUUGAAAAGGGUUCAACUGCGUCAUACACACAUCCAGUCAGUCUUAUGGAACAUGAUUUUUAUACAUUCCUAGCUUCUAGGUCACGUGCACUUAAAUCGGGACAAUCAACUACUGUCCAGUUGCUUGAGCCAUCACAUCUUGAAGCAAUUGGAAUCUCAACAACUGCAAUGAACAACUCUGCAUCUACAAUUUUAUUUCACAGUACUGGGAUGUCUUUAUUUGAGAGUGAUGUGACAUUGCAUCAUUUAAACAGUUUACAUCAAUCACAUGUGUCUUCAAGAGAUACUGCUUACUCAACUUCCACAUUGGAAGGUUCAGUCCGUAGCAGUGAUCUAAUUUCAAGUCUUCCAAUGCAAACAGUUGAAAGUGUUUCAACACAGUCUAUUUUAACAGUGUCUUCAGACAGUUUCACUGAAAAAUUUACAUCUGUGCCUAUACAUUCAGCAAAAUUGAUAGACACUCCAUCAGUGGUAAGGUCAGAAGCAGGUUCAUUUCAUACAGAAAUUGAACAUGGAUCAUUAACUUCCAGCUGGAUACCAGACUUCCAUCAUGUCUCCAAUACAAUCUCUGAUCUGGUUCUCAGCUCACUGAAAUUCACUGCUUCUGAAACAAUCUCAGCCCAAAGAACAGAGACUGGAAGUGAAUCUAUAUCAGGGACACCCUAUGUGCCAAUUACAGAAUCUGUAUUUGUAAAUACUAGUAAAUUACCAGAUGCCACUCAAACCAACACUGCACCAGUGUAUUAUACUACACAAUUAAAAUUCACAGAGGAAAUGUCUCAUAAUAUAUCCAUGGAUACAGUAAGAUAUAUAUCCUCAUCAGACAGUUUGUCAGAUUUACCAGUAGAAGGGAUGCAUAGCAAUGAAAAAAGUUCACCACUUUUAAGCAGCAGUGUUAGUGAUAAUUAUAUAGUUUCAAGUUUAUCUGUUUUGCCUGGUUUUUCAUCAGUGAUAGGGGACAACAAUGACCUGUUAUCCCCUCUGAAAAGCACAAGUAGCUUUGUUCAGGAAUAUACCAGUAGCAGUGUUCAGCCAUCUGGCUCCUUAUUCUCAAAUGUUCUUCCUUCUUCAACAAGUAAUUUAUUCGUUGGAGAAGCAGGUUCAACACCAACACUUUUUUUAAGCAGUGGUUCAGUUUUGUUGACAACAUGGCCAGCAGACAUUGUACAUCAGUCAACAUUGGAAGAUUCCACACAGGAAGUUGAAUCAAUUCAAAAUGCAUCCAUCACAAAAUCAUCUGUGAUAUCUAUGGAAAUUAGCCAAUCUUUUAAUAAUUUAACAAAAGUUAACUUGCCUUUAAGCGGUAGCAAAGUAGAAAGUUUAGACAAUUCAGUGCCUUUCCUGUCAGAUAUCACUUCAUCAUUAUCACUAUUGUUUUCAUCAUCAUCAUCAUCAUCAUCAUCAUCAUCAUCAUCAUCGAUAUACAACAUUUUGUUCACUGGCACAAAUGCUGAUGGCAGAAGUUCAUCUGAUUCUCAUGUCAGUAGUAUUUCUGUGUUAGACAUAAUUAGUGCUCCUAGUAUGUCAACUGAUUUAGCACCAGCACAAAGUGAUGGGCUGAGAGAUGCUUCUGUUAAUGCAAAUUCUAAUGAAGGCACAUUAAGUCAUACUAGUAGUGUGUUGAAGUAUGACACAAAUUCCAUGGUUUCAAGUGAUGAAUUGUCAUCAGAAGCUGUGCAAGUGAAGUAA